GCGGAAGUUGUGUGCUCUUUAUACUCCGUGUGCGUCCGUUCAAGUUUGCAGUCGACCGCCUUUCUUUGAAUAAUCAUGGCUGGCCAGGAGAUGCGACUCAACCACACCAUUUACAUCAACAACUUGAAUGAAAAGAUUAAAAAAGAUGAACUGAAGAAGUCGCUGUAUGCAAUAUUCUCACAGUUUGGUCAAAUCCUCGACAUCCUCGUUUCUCGUACACUGAAAAUGAAGGGUCAGGCCUUUGUGAUAUUUAAAGAGAUAAACAGUGCUUCUAGUGCUCUUCGGUCUAUGCAAGGCUUCCCAUUUUACGACAAACCCAUGCGCAUUCAGUAUUCAAAACUGGACUCCGACAUUAUUGCCAAGAUGAAGGGAACGUAUGUUGAGCGAGACCGUAAGAAGGAAAAGAAAAAGCCCAAAGCUCCAGAGACAUCUUCUGGAAAGAAGAAUGCUGCUGCCACAACUGCCAUGGCUGGAGGACCAGCAGCUAUGGCUGGAAUGCCACCCAUGAGCCAAGCCCCUCGCAUGAUGCCAAUGCCCGGCCAGCCUCCUUACAUGCCUCCCCCUGGUAUGAUGCCGCCACCUGGCAUGGCACCUGGACAAAUGCCUCCAGGUGCAAUGGCACCAGGCCAGAUGAUGCCUGGGCAAAUGCCCGGCCAGAUGCCACAACAGGUUUCAGAAAACCCUCCCAAUCACAUCUUGUUUCUCACCAAUCUCCCAGAGGAGACCAACGAACUUAUGCUGUCCAUGCUUUUCAACCAGUUCCCUGGGUUCAAAGAAGUUCGGCUUGUCCCUGGUCGCCACGAUAUCGCCUUUGUGGAGUUUGAUAAUGAUGUGCAGGCCGGUGCAGCCAGAGAAGCUUUGCAAGGCUUUAAGAUCACACAAAGCAAUGCUAUGAAAAUAUCUUUCGCAAAGAAAUAAGCCAUUUGUGCAAAAAUACUCACUCAUACAUCCAAACUAUUUGAAAAAUGCCCGUUUCUCAUAGACCUGCCUUUAUACUUGCAUUGAGGGCAGUUCAGGGUUUUUUUUUGCAAGUCCUCAUACACCAUUCUUAAAGGCAGGAGAUGGACUGUUAAUUUGCUCUUUGUUGGCAUUUGCUUAGACUUACCACAGUUAUGUUUGUACUGGACAAUACAAGGUAAUAAGUAAGUGAAGGUUCAUUUCCGUUGCUUCAUCUUUUUACUAAUGCUUCCUAUUAUGUGAGCUGGUUGACUUUGAGUUUGUAAGUAUGUGCAUUUUAUUCUUUACUCCAAUUGUCUUCUAAAGCAUUGCACCCAGAGUCUGGCCUCCAGACAUUAUACCUGGAGCUUUGUUCUUUUAAUUAAAUAUUUUUUUACAUUG